AUGAUUCUAGAUUACGGAUUUGAUCCUAGCAAUAUAGCUUCGCCGUUGUUUCAGAGAUGGCCUCAGCCAUUGUCACCAAAUUGGAUAGCGGAGGAAAUUACACCAGACCCAUUCUUCAUUGAGUAUCUUGCCAUGAUUGCGGAUAGUAGCCCUGGGUUUGCGGGUGCCACGGCACUUCAUGAUGCGGUUAUACUCCAGUCGAUUGAGACUGUCAGUCGGCUCAGCACUUGCUCAAACAAGCUAAAGGAAGAUCAGAACUUCCUAGGUCAAACACUAUUACACCUUGCGAGUGUUAAUAUGGAGAUUACUCGCAUGCUUUUAGACGCGGGGCACGACAUGAACACAGCUGACAAAUAUGGGAUCACUCCCCUGAUGUACGCAGCUGGUAUGGGAAACAGCCAGGUUGUCCAGAUGCUUAUUCGACAAGGCGCAGACACUUUUAAAGCGGAAACACGUUAUAAGCGGGACUUCAUAUCAUAUGCAUCCGUUCGUGGCCAUUGGCAGCUCAUAUUCGAAUCGCUUGAUACGAUACGAUCGUGUUAUACAGAGAGGUGCUUUCAUUAUUUUGUUAUCGAUGCUAUAAUGGCACUGAUAUCCAGGGACUGUUUGGUCGAUGAAUUAGACAGAACGGCACAUUUCGAAAAAUUGAUUGGCCUUUGUGACGAUGUAAACUUCACAUUCGACAUUGAACACUCAGGCACACGCCACAAUAAUCUACUACACCUAGUCAAGAACCGGAGAGAGGCACAUGCUCUCCUUUGUCGUGGCUUAAAGAAUUUCAACCAAGAAAACAGCGAUCGAAAGCUGGCAAUACAUUCAAUUGCACAAUUACCGAAUCCCGAGUUGAUCCAAUUUUGCCUUGAGAAUGGAAGCAAUGUAAAUUACCCUUACAAUGACGGACGCACUUGUCUUGUUCAUCUCAUCUCGGCACUGAGCGACUUUAACUGGCUUGUUUGGGAUACCAUUGACUCAAUCAAACUGUGCCUGGCUCGAGGGGCUGAUAUCUUUCUUUCUGACAAUUGCGAAUGCGCAUGUGUUUCUGACGGUAACGGCUGCCAUACAUCAUCUGCAUUCAAUCUUCGGCUCGAUUCAAGAAUCUUUUGCGGAGCUCCUGGGAUUAUGUGGGCUUUUGAGUGGCUCUCGAUUGUUGAAGAAUUUGAAGGUCAAGAAGCGUCAAAAAGUAUACUUUUGUCUUUUGUUCGCAGGACACAAGCCGACAUCGUUGAUAUCGCACACCUUUGCUGCCAUGGAGGAAAAGGUGUUAACACCAGGGACUGGGGCUUGUUUGGAACAGCAAGACCUUCAAAAGAAGAUGCCAGAGAAAUCCUAGAUGAUGAGGCGGAGCUUUUCGAUAUGCUGGAAAAAGAUAUGCAGCCGUGGAUGCAGCAGAGUUUCAAAGAGGUCAGGUCCCAGUGGAUGAAUCUCCUGAAAGAGAAGCACCAGAAGAUGAUUAAAGAAGCAAGGGAAAACCGUGCCGGAAUCCCAAAAGAAGGAGUCCAGAAUGAAGCCUGUGAAGUAGAUUAUAAAAAUGAUCGCUUCGUCCGGAGUAUUACAGUUGGGCUUCCUGAAGCUUACUCACCACUUAGCUUGUCAACAUCGAUGGCCGAAUAUGCUUUUUGGUUGCAGCACGAAUACUUCCGUAGCAAGACUAGAAUGGAAAGUAUUACAAAAGAGGGCUGGUACGAAAGACGGAUGUCCUGGUUCCGUGAGCUAAAGGAUAUUAUGCAAGUGCGAGAUAGUGAAAUUGUCAACGAGAUGUUCAGAAUUGACAUCACAGAGAGUCGGUCAGAGAAGGUUGACCAGAAGGCAAUCAUUGAGCACUUCCGGGCCUUUUUGAAAUCCACCGUAUCUGAGAAUGUUGAUAGAAUUGUCUAG